AUGAAGGUCGAUCUCAAGGCCAGCCAGGCCGAAAGGGCUGCUCAGCUCCAGAAGCCGACCAAGGGAUAUUUCUUCUUUGGCAACAAGGAGUACCCGCGCGUUAAGUGGUGGAAGCGUCCAAACAUGCGCAAGCUGUACUUUUACUGCUUUGUGCUCAUCUUCGUCAACAUCGCCAACGGCUUCGAUGGAUCCAUGAUGAACUCACUGCAGUCCCUACCAUACUGGCAGAACUUCUUCGGCCACCCAGAGGGUGUCACCCUUGGCCUCCUGGGCUCCGCCAUGAGUCUGGGUUCUCUGAUCACCAUGGGAACGGUCCCUUGGAUUUGCGAUACUCUUGGCAGGAAAAAGGGCGUCAUCAUCGGCAGUGUCAUGACCAUCGUCGGUGUCGUGCUGCAGUCCAGUGCUCCCAACUACAACGCCUUCCUGGCCUCCCGCUUCAUCAUUGGUGCCGGCAUGACUCUCUCCACGAACGCCGGCCCGCUUCUCUGCGCCGAGAUCGCCUUUCCUCAGGACCGAGCCAUCAUCACCACCUUCAUGGGCUGCUCAUACGCUGUUGGCUCUUUCGUCGCCGCCUGGACCACCUUUGGCACCCUCAAGAUCGAGAGUGACUGGGCCUGGCGUCUGCCGUCCCUUCUCCAGGCCUGGGCGACCCUGAUCGUCUUCGCCGUCAUCUGGUGGAUCCCCGAGUCGCCGAGGUACUGGAUUGCCCGCGACCAGGACGAGAAGGCGAUCGAGGUUUUAGCCAAGUACCAUGCCGAGGGUGACAAGGAUGACCCCUUUGUCCAACUCGAAUUCCGCGAGAUCAGGGCCGCCUUUGACCUCGAUCGCAUGAACCAGACUAACACGCGAUGGAGUGAUUUGUACAGCACCAAGGGCAACCGCCACCGAAUGUCUUUGGUCAUUGCUCUUGCAGUUUUUGGUCAGUGGUCAGGAAAUGGAAUUAUCGCCUACUACCUCAAGCUUGUGCUUGAUAGUGUCGACAUCAAGGCCCCAUCUGACCAACUUGGCAUCAAUGGUGGCAGCAAGGCAAUGUCUCUGCUUGUGAACCUGGUCGUUGCCUUCUACAUUGACAAGUUGGGACGUCGCCCUAUCCUCAUGAUCUCCACGUUGGGCAUGACGAUUUGCUUUAUCAUCUGGACAAUCCUUAGCGCGCAGCACGACCUCGGAGGGCGAUCAAACCCAAACCUUGGAAGAGGUGUCGUUGCGGUAAUGUACAUGUACAACUUCUCAUACAACUUGAAGACUGGAAUGCCCAUGACAUACACUAUCGAAAUCAUGCCCUUUGGCCUGCGAGCAAAAGCGGCCAUGAUCGGAGGUUUUAUCACGAUGGCAGCAGUUUUCUUCAACCAGUUCAUUAAUCCAAUCGCACUAAAGGCGCUAGCAUGGCGUUAUUACAUCGUCUAUUGCGUCUUUCUUGGCUUCGAAGUUUGGUUUAUCUACUUCUUUGUCGUCGAGACCCGAUACGUGCCGAUCGAGGAGAUUGCAAAGUUCUUCGAUGGAGAGAAGAACGACGUCCUGGCUGCCACCAAUGCGGCCGACAAGCUCCACCGCGUCGAGAGUGGCGUCAUCGAAACAGAGAACGUUGAAGACACCAACAAUAACACAGCAAACACCAAGAAGGGGCCCGAGGUCAAGGAAGGUUGA